CAACCCAGAGUGGUGUGGAGUGUGGGUGUAAGAGUGUGUUAAAGAACCCAGAGUGGUGUGGAGUGUGGGUGAGGUCAGCGACUGAUGAUCUGUGGAAGACGAAACUUUGUGGGAUCAUCCUGGUGACUUACCUGUACUUCUAUAGUGAUCCCGCCCGUGUGUGUGUGUGUGUGUGUGUGUGUGUGUGUGUGUACAUGGGCGCCAAUAUGUGCGGUUGUUUGCUUUUGUUUUUGGUGUUGGGAAGAGAGAACAUCAGAGGUGUAAAUAAACUUCUUAAUAAAUGUUUAAAUGAAGCCGAGUAAAUAUUCUAACAAUAUUAGUCAGGUCUUAUGUCAACAUUUAUUAUAUCAGUCUAACACCAGCUGGGUUGUGGUACAGGAUACACCGCCCUACAUGAGGCAGCACAGGAGGGUCACCGGUGUUGUGUGAGGACACUCCUUAGUGCCGGAGCUGACCCUAACGCCCGGGAUCAUACAGGUCUCACAACCCUGCACCUUGCUGCCCUCACUAACCACUCAGGUGUUGUGAAAGACUUAGUGACUGAUGACCGCUGUGACCUCCACGCAGUAAAUAAAUAUAACGACACAGCACUACACUUCGCAGCACUAGGCGGAGGUAUGGAGGCAGCUCAGUGUCUGUUGGAGGUCGGCCUCAACCUUAAUGCCAAGAACUCAUUGGGGCUGACACCUAUAGACAAGGCAAGGCUGGAGGGUCAUCACCUUCUUGCGUGGUGGCUGAGGAAGCAGCCACACGCCGUUGAGGAGACACCCAGGAGACAGAUAGAGAGACGAUGCCGGUGGGAGUGUGAAGGAUGGUAUGAGAAGAUGUUACGGUGCAUGAGGGAGGAAGACCUUGGCAGUAUUAGAGGAUGUAUCCCCCUCGUGGUGGACGGUCACCUGCAGGACGACGCUGGCAUGACUCUACUGCACCACGCUGCCCAGCUCGGCCUGACCCGUGUGGUGAGUGUCCUCCUGGAGAGCUGUGAGGUAUACCCACACGCCGUGACCUGGGCUGGUGACACUCCUAGUGACCUGGCACAACGGGAGGGUCAUCACCAGGUACUCGACAUUCUUCACCGUCACCAGCCACAGGUUCAGAUGUCACCACAGCAGCUGUACGAGCAGCUGCUGAGUGUCAUCAGCCAGGUGAUGACGGGCGCCCUGGAGCCUGUGGGCGACUGGUCCGUGCACCCCCUGGCCACCACCAGUAACCGGACCAGGAUCGUCAGCCUCCUGGUGGCAGCUGGGGCGCUCUCCAUCACCACCCACGGCCUUAACCUGCUGACGGUGGCCUGGUGCUCUCCUGACGUUACUCCUCGUGUUCAGGUCACCAUCACAGGGGUGUUCCUUCGUGUGCUACAGAGAGAAAGAACAAUCUUACGUAGCCUGCCACACCUUAGGACAGGUGUUGAUCACCUCAUAAAGAGUAUGGAAGGUGACACACCCUGGCGAGCCAGCUGGCCCCGUGUUGAGUCAGUGGUCGACCUGACUCACCUUAUGGUCCAGGCCGCCCGUGUCAACUGUACCUUGACAUGCAGCUUCCUCUACCAAGCUGGUGCUCAGUCCUCCCUAUGUAGCCAGUCUAAGGUGACUCCUGUGCACGCUGCUCUGGACGCUGAGCACUGGAACCUGGCGGGUCAGAUGAUCAAGUACAUGGGAGGCUGCCUGUAUGUGCCUGACUCCAGAGGUCGACUGCCCACACACUUGAUGCCUCCAGACCGCCACUGCCAGCUAAACGAGAAAAUAUACGAGGCGGAGAGGAAGCAGCUGGAGGACAUAAAGGAGAAGAAGAAAGACACUAUCGAGGAACAACGGCUGCAGGAGGUUCUUAACGUCCAGCAACUUCUCUUCGCCACCAACUUGGCCAGGGGUCGAGUGAGGCAGAAUAGAGCCAGAAGAUCUCACGUGUCGUCCAUAGGAGCCGACGCCCUCCUGGUGGCCUCACAAGGUGGGCUGCAGCAGCUGAUCUACCUCCUGGUGAAGAAGGGAGGUGUUCCAGUGGAUACAGUGCUGGAUGCUACUAACGACACCACCGCCCUCCACCAGGCUGCCUCUCAUGGCAAGUCUGAGUGUGUCAUUCUCCUCCUGAGUCUUGGCGCUCAGCCUUUACUACCUGACCGAUAUGGCCAAACACCACUACACUUUGCAGCAAUGUUCGGUCAUGAUCAAACUUAUCAGGUUUUAGAAGGAUUUAUGAGGCAGCAAGAACCUUCAUGUAGGGCUGGAACUACCCCAAGAGAGGUCAGUAGACAUUUCUACUCGUACCUGAAAAUGUACCACAAAUUUUCAGGUAAAACAAGACAAGGUAGUGAUGUACAAAUAUGGAAUAACCCAACGGAUGCAACAACUGACGUUCUCAGUCGUAUUGACUUGAACAAUAUGAUAGAAGAAACAGAGAAAAUUAAUGUUGAUUAUUCUAAAGGUGAGGCACAAGAGGUAAGAGACGUGGUGAUGAAGGAACUGCAGAAGAUCACAGAAAAUGUUUCAUCUAAGGACAGAACUUAUCGAGGCACUCUGGAACUGCUCGGGAGCACCGCAGAUGGCACAAGACUCUAUUGUCCCGAUGAAUAUGACUUCAACAUUCUUCUGGAUGAUUGUUCAGGAGUGAAUGUUUUAGUUAGUGAACAAAACAAACAAGAAGCCUCACUCAGUGGACAUAAGUUGAGAGUUGAAGUCAAAACAAUGAAAACUGGUCUCCAGGCACAUGCGCUGACCAAGAAUCUUUACAGUGCAGUCAGGCAGUGUCUCAGUACCUACACCCUGAGAGAUAAGAAGGUGAGCAUCGUGCCACCUGGCCUGACAAGGACGCAGGUGGGCGUGGCACUGUCACUGGCUUGGCAGGGAAGUCAGUAUCCCCUAUUGCUGAUUGGUAUUGACUUAGUGCCAAUAGUAGUUAUACCUUGGCCCGAGGAGAUACCGAGACCUCUUCUCACACCUGUCAACUCACAAAUGAUGCACCUCAGCAACACCACAGACAAUUUAUGGAGGUGCAGCUUCGCUGCCUCCGAGGUGAAGAUGCUGAAGCAGUUGGAUCACCAGGAACGGCAAGUGUUUCUCACUGGCAAAGCUCUACUCUCCUGCAUGAAGGCUGAGCCCUGGAUGCCCAAAGACUUGAAGAAGCAGUUUAGUUGGUGGGACAUCCGCUAUUGGAAGAUCCCGACACCUGAAGGAUUCUGCUUCAAAAAUUCCUUCUUGAGACAACUGGAAAAGAAACGAGUGGAGGGAGUCGAGUGGCAAGAAGAGGACGUAAUGCAACAUGUAAUAUCUGUGUUCAGAGGAAUGUGUGAGGAGAUGGUUGAUCCACAAACUAGUGAUGAGCGUCUUGUGCCAGCUAAAGUUCAUGCUUACUUCGGUGGAGAUUGUGAGAGGCCGAAGGUGGGUCAUGGAGCUCCAGAAAUUAUCGAAUAUAUCAAGAAACAUCUGAAGAAAGUUGAGAAGCCCCAAGUGGGAUACAUGGGACUGAGGCGGGGCUGUGUGAACCAGUGAAUCAUCAUUAGUGGCGACCUGGCUGACACUAAUGUUUAAAUUCCAAGAUCACACUUUAUAACAGUAGUCAUCAACACUACAGUUAAUGUGAAACUUUUCUCCUACCCACAUGUGUAUAUAUAACAUAUUGUUGGUAGACAAGAUAAUGUAAUUAUUGUACAACUAUGGGUGUUUGGCUCCUAGAUAUAAACUUUUACUUUAUCUCAAACGUAUGUGGUUUAAGCAAGCGUCAUUAUUACUUCAAGUCAGUGUUGUAUAUUUUAUGUCGUGUAGAUUGGUUGUGAAGAUUAAUCAAAUAAUAAAUAACAGUCUUUACAUGUCUAGGAAAUGAUACACGGAAGUUCUUGCUUUUCAUUUUCUUGCUAUAAUAUAAAUUUCUUGUGUUUGCGAGAGUUCGGGAAUAUCAAUGACUAACUCACUUUAACCACUAGGAAACAUUAUUUAAUACACCAUCACCACACUCCCUAACUCACUCUAACUUCCAGUAAACAUUAUGUGGUGCAACAUCACCACACUCACUAACACACUAUAAUUUCCAGUAAACAUUAUGUGGUACAACCUCCCCACUGUGCCUUCCUUCUGGGGCCCACUGCUGCUCCAAGAUACCCUUCUGGUCUAGCCUGUGCCCAUUAGGAACCCAGUUACCGUGUGUUGCCUCGAGGAGGCACAGCAAGAGUCUUGAUGGUGAAGAGGCUGUGUACUGGCAGGGGAAGACUUAUACACAUUGCUUCCUUGUUCGCCACGAAGUUUGUGUUGAGGCUGAUUGAGGGAGGCCAUCUAGGCGGUGUAGUGACGACCGUCCAACACCUGCCUACAGCUGGUCUCCUCCCCCGGUGAUGCUCCUACAGCUGGUCUCCUCUGACGGUGGUGCUCCUACAGCUGGUCUCCUCCCACUGUGGUGCUCCUACAGCUGGUCUCCUCCCCCGGUGGUGCUCUUACAUCUGGUCUCCUCCCACGGUGGUGCUCCUACAGCUGGUCUCCUCCCACGGUGGUGCUCCUACAGCUGGUCUCCUCCCACGGUGGUGCUCUUACAUCUGGUCUCCUCCCACGGUGGUGCUCCUACAGCUGGUCUCCUCUCACGGUGGUGCUCCUACAGCUGGUCUCCUCCCACGGUGAUGCUCUUACAGCUGG